ACUAAGAGCAGGUCUCCAAUCAUGAGCUCCAGCCAGCCAGGGGCCUGCCCGUGCCAGGGUGCUGUGGGCCGCCCAGCCAUUCUGCAUGCACUCCUGAGCCCCAGCCUCCGGACCAGGCCCCCCACUCCCCCAUCCCGCUGCCUAUGUAGACAGCACAGACCCGUCCGCCUGUGUGCGCCUCACCGCACCUGCCGGGAAGCCUUGGAUGUCCUGGCCAAGAUGGUGGCCUUCCUCAGGAACCUGCCAUCCUUCUGCCAGCUGCCCCCGCAAGACCAACGGCGUCUGCUGCAAGGAUGCUGGGGCCCCCUCUUCCUGCUUGGGUUGGCCCAAGACACUGUCACCUUUGAGGUGGCUGAGGCCCCAGUGCCCAGUAUACUCAAGAAGAUCCUGCUGGAACAGUCCAGCAGCGGGACUGGCAGUGACCAGCUGCCCGACAGGCCCCAGCCCUCACUGGCUGCUGUGCGGUGGCUUCAGUGUUGCUUGGAGUCCUUCUGGAGCCUUGAGCUGGGCCCUAAAGAGUAUGCCUACCUGAAAGGAACUAUCCUCUUCAAUCCAGAUGUGCCCGGCCUUCAUGCCUCCUCCCACAUUGGGCGUCUGCAGCAGGAGGCUCACUGGGCACUGUGUGAAGUCCUGGAGCCCUGGUACUCGGCAGGCCAAGGCCGGCUGGCCCGUGUCCUCCUCACAGCCUCCACCCUCAAGAGCAUCCCCCCCAGCCUUCUUGGGGACCUCUUCUUCCGCCCCAUCAUUGGAGACGUGGACAUCGGUGGACUUCUUGAGGACAUGCUUUUGCUGAGGUGACCUGAGGGAGGAGGCACCCCAGGCGCAGUCCCUCACUCAACCAUGUUCCUGGCCCGGACUUCAUUGAGAGGACACAGUACUCCGGCCUCCUAGCAGGGCUUUGAUGGUUCCCAGAGUCUCCUGAAACAGGGAUGGAGGUUCAGGCUGCCCACUGUGCCGGAUUCCUACUAUCUUUGUAUAGAACUGAAUUAAGUUAUUGUUUUUAUAAUAAAAGGUGUCAUACCCUA